AUGGCACUUGUAGCGACAGCCGCGGUGGCUGGAGGAGCAGCUAUCACCGCUUACCUGAAUGCUAAAUACCACCUGGGGAAAGACCUGGAUGUGCUCAUUCUUCUCAAAAGAGCACAGAGAGACUACGAUAAAGCUGUCAAAGAAGAUCGUUUGUCCUUCUGGUACCUCUUCGAAGCAGCAGCAGCAAAAGAUUCAAAUGCAACAUGCCUCUGGUCACGAGAAGGCACAUACACCUGGACGGAGACUCGCGCACUAGCCAUCCAGUAUGCGCAAUGGUUCCUGUCCCAAGGGGUUCAACCCGGACAGCUUAUCGGCUUCUACCUCACGAAUCAGCCAGAAUUUAUCAUUUGCUGGUUAGCGACGUGGUGCAUCGGUUGCGCGCCAGCCUUCAUCAACUACAAUCUCGAAGGUACAGCUCUAGAACACUGUCUGAGCAUUUGCGGAGCCAGACUCCUUCUGGUCGACCAAGACCCAGCUUGCCGUCAGCGCGUUGAAAACAGUCGCACCAACAUCGAAAACCAAAUGGGAAUGGCAAUCCACAUCCUCGACUUUAGUCUUAAGCAUACAAUCUCCAGAAUCCAAAUAGAUCCACCCUCGGACAGCUGCCGCGCCGGUACAAAAGGUUCUUUCCCAUUAUGCUUAUUAUACACAUCUGGCACAACUGGCCUACCGAAAGCGUCUGCUUUUACCAUUUCUCGGCAUCGUCUUUCGGGCGCACAUCUUAGACCCUCCUUUGACGGCCGACCUGGCGCAGGCGGAGACAGAUGGUACGUCUGUAUGCCCAUGUACCACGGGACAGGAGCGUUUUCUAGUAUCAGCUGCUUGCUCCAGGGAGUGAGUGUCGCUAUCGGCAAGAGAUUCUCCGUCUCCAAAUUCUGGAGGGAUAUCCAUGAUUCUGAAGCUACUAUCUUCGUCUAUGUGGGCGAGACGGCGCGGUACCUGUUAAAUGCACGCCCCGAUCCGCUUGAGAGAGAUCACAAGAUCCGAGGCGCGUUCGGGAACGGGUUGAGGGCCGAUGUAUGGGAGCGGUUUAGAACGAGGUUCAAUAUCUCCGAGAUUUUUGAGUUUUUCAAUUCAACGGAAGGUAUGUUUAUCCUCCAGAAUUGGGACAAGGGUGGGUGGUUAGGUCCGUGUGUCGGACACCACGGCUUGAUCAUGAGAGCGCUUCUCCACAACAUCUACAUCCCCGUCCUCAUCGACCACGACACAGGCGACGUAUGGCGUGACCCGGCCACUGGCUUCGCACAGCGCACAAAAUACGAAGAAGGCGGCGAGAUCCUUGUGAAAGUUCCCAAUAAACAAGCCUUCCAAGGCUACUGGAACGCAGAAGAAGCAACCGACAAGAAAUUUAUCCACGACGUCUUCAAGAAGGGCGAUAUCUACUACCGCACCGGCGACGCGCUCCGCCGCCUGCCAGACGGGAGAUGGUACUUUUUAGAUCGGCUAGGAGACACCUUCCGCUGGAAGAGCGUGAACGUCUCCACCGCCGAAGUGGCGGAAGUCCUUGGCCGUUUCCCCGGUGUGGUGGAAGCAAACGUCUAUGGUGUGCUUGUGCCCAAUCAUGAUGGUAGGGCUGGUUGCGCGGCUUUACUCGUCGAGGAGAGUAAGAAGGAAGGGUUUGAUUAUAAUGCGCUGUUGAGGUUUGCGAAGGCUCGAUUGCCGAAAUACGCGGUCCCGGUUUUCGUGCGGGUGGUGAGGAAGAGUGCUCACAUUCAUAAUCUGAAGCAGAAUAAAGUGUUGUUGAGGAGGGAGGGGGUGGAUCCGCGGAGAAGGGGGUUGGAGGCUGGGGAGGAAGGGAGGGAUGAUGGACUCCUUUGGUUGGGGGAAGGGAGGGAGAUGGAUGGUUAUGUGGAGUUUACGGAGGAGGGGUGGAGGAGGUUGGAGAGAGGGGAGGCCAGGUUAUGA